CUUGAUAAUCAGACAGGCGAUCGGUUUGUAAACGUCAUGUGAUUCCUGACUGAUCUAAAGGUUUAUAAUGAUGAUUGCAGCAUGAGCUAAAUCCAGGAUUUUGUUUUGAAUCUGAGCUAAAGAUACCCAAUCCCUUUAACAAAUUUAAUCAGAUCGUAAUGACGACAUUCACGCAAAAAAAAUACUCUGUCACUCUUCUAAAUAUAGAUUACUUGUUUGUUUAUAUUUUGACACAGAAGCGGCAUGUCCCACUGGAUGGGACAGUGUAGUACCCGGAUGUUACAAGUUUGCAUCCACGCAAGACACGAUGUCUUAUUCAGACGCGUCAUCAUCUUGUGCCGCUAUUAGUGGAAAACUUGUUGUUUUCAACAGUGAAGAAGAGAUGUACGAAGUUGGUUAUACGUACGCGAGUCCAUACAUUUCUGCUGCUAGUGCCGGGUGGAUAUGGAUUGGUUGUACGGACCAGGCCGUAGAGGGAACCUUCGAGUGUGAAGACGGUACACAAGUAGAUAGUGCUUUGUGGCUUACUGAUCCACAACAACCAACCAUCGGGAGUGGCAGAAACUGUAUUAACUAUCUAUACAAUAGCCAUGGCUUGUCAACUUCUAGUUGUGGCGACUCAUACCCAACCCUUGCUCUAUGCGAAGUUGACCCGAUACCAGAUACAACACCUUCUCCGCCUCCACAGCAAGCCAAAUAUCGAAACCGAUCAGGAUUCUACUCAAUGGCAAAAGACAACAAUGGAAGCCCUAUGAUUGACUACUGUCUUUCAGAUCACGUGAUGAAGACAAUAUAUAUGAAGGAUAAACUGCAUUGCGCCGCUGAAUGCGAAAAGGAAUCCGGAUGCAUGUCAUUCAAUUACAGAGAUGGUAAAUGCGAGCUGAACGCUGAAACAAAAGAUGGGGCUAGUUCUAGCUCAUUCUCCCAGCGUGAUGGAUGCUUAUAUUACGAGCCUCUCUGAA